CAAUCGCGAAGGAGAUCCCCCCGACCCUGAGCGUCACCAUUCGUGAAAAUGUGUAGUAAUGUUGUGUUUUUUUAUUUUUUUAUUCCCGUCUAUCGACGGGUUUGAUAUUUUGAUAUUAUCUCGUCCGACGCUAUCAUCAUCACGGUAGUUUUUUCAACAAUAAAGUAAUGUUACGGUGUGAUGUAAUAAAAUCCGAUCCGCAGUAAUAGUUACAAUAAUAAUAUUAAUAUUAGUAAUAAUAAUAAUUAACAGUAACAGUUAAGAUUGUUGAAAGUAAUGAAUUAAUAUUAUACCUAUACAUUAUAUUGUUUUGUUAUAACGCGAAAUGGAGAAAUCGAAAAACGUUGUAGGUGGUUUCGGUGUUAUCGUGAUAUCGGACAAUUAUUGUUUAUGACAUCGAUACUGGUACGUCGCUCGUUGUGGUGCGCACGGUUUUUUUAAAUUUUUAUUUCCUCGUAAUUCGUCGCUACCCGUAUUUCGCCCUCGAAAGAAAAUAAUUCGAAUCUAAUUGGCGUGUUGUUGGGUCGAUGAGGAUUGCUGGCCGUGUGGAAAUAGGACUGUCGCACGCAGAUCGUUACGCCGUUAGCAAAUAUGAACGGUGGUGUAGAAAUUGUGGUGACAGAAAAGUCUGGGGAAAAACGUUUGGUUACUGUCCAAGGAGCAACUGUUGAAGGAUCAGAUGACCGACGGGUCCAUGAAAAUAUUGGAUAUGGAAUAUUUGUUCAAGGAUUAAAUGGGGAUUUAGCCCAUUUAUUGUUGGACCAAGAAGAAGUUGGUACUAUGACUGUUGAACAUUUAGCCAAAAUAAUUAAUGGCCAACAAGAAAUAAGUGUAGCUGGUCAAAUUCAAUUAAAUAACUUAAAAAUUGAAAAUGUGGAUAUAUCUAAUCAAGAAGGUGGUGCAGCAGAAAUUUAUGUUGCUGAAGGUAAGGAUUCAAUGGCAAUUGAUAUGGCUAAUGAAGCUGUUGAAACUUGUCAAAGUCUCAUGCGACCUGACCCAAUGGACGAGUUGCAAUGUCAAAAAUGUGGUAAAAGAUUUGCUGACAUAAAUACCUUAAAAUCUCAUGACACAACUCACGGAGGUCAUAACGUAGAAUGUAAAUUUUUAUGUACGGUUUGUGGAGAAAAAUUUGAUAAAGCAAAUGCAUUGAGUGCACAUUUGGUUCAACAUCGUAAUAUUAAGUUGCACCACUGUGAAGUUUGUGGAUUAGUAUUUUCUGAUGACCAAGCAUUAAAAGAACACGCUCAAGUACACUCUCGCCAGAAACUGCACCCUUGUCAAAAAUGUGAUAAGAAAUUCCCCUCAAGUUAUAGAUUAUUUCGUCAUAUGACUGUUCAUACAGAAAAUCCUCCAUUUAUUUGUGAUCAGUGUGGUAUAACUGUGGCAAAUAAAAGUGAUUUAAAACUUCACAUCAUGAAACAUACUGGUAGUGCUGUGUAUACUUGUACAGAGUGUGACAAGAGCUUUCUUAAGCCAUCUUGUUUGCAACGUCAUUCAAGUGUUCAUACUGGCGAACGACCGUUGCAUUGUAAAACUUGUAACAUGACAUUUACUUAUUCUAGUAAUUUGUGUGGACAUUUAAUAGCUAGUUCUAAAGCAAAGCCCCAUCCAUGUACUAUGUGUGAAAAAUCAUUUAGGCGUCCAUCUGAUUUAGAACGUCACAUGAUGAUACAUACUGGUGAACGUCCAUUUGUUUGUCAAGUAUGCUCUAUGUCAUUUAUUACAAACUAUAAUUUGAAAGUGCAUUCAAUGAUUCAUAAUGGUGGUUUGCCAUAUCCAUGUACAUCUUGUGAUAAAGCAUUUAGCAAACCUUCGGAAUUGCAAAGACAUAAAUUGGUGCAUUCAAGAGAAAAACCAUUUUCAUGUGUCAAAUGUGAAGCGACAUUCACAAAUCAAAGUAAUCUUAAAGCUCAUAUGAUAACACACACAGGUCGAAAACCUUUUCCUUGCCGUAUUUGCAAUAAGGGAUUUACUCGUCCAUCAGAUGUUAAGCGUCAUAUGCUUACACAUACUGGUUGUCGUCCAUUUGCAUGUGAUGUAUGUGGUUUGGCCUUUGCUGACUCAUCCAAUUUAAAAAAACAUUCAUUAACCCACUCAAAAGAUGAUCAAAAACUUACGUUACAACAUCAGUGUCCAUCAUGCUGUAUAUCUUUUUUUUCAUUUGAGCAGCUCAAUGAACACAUGAUAUCUGGAAAUUGUACCAACAAUAGUGGUCAAGCAGAACCCAAGUAUUCAUGUAAAGAAUGUGGUGCUACGUUCAAUCAUGCCUUACAUCUACAGGAGCAUGCCAUCAUGCAUUCCAAUCAUCGGUCUGUGCACAGGUGUGAUGUGUGCAAUAAAACUUUUAUUCAAGAAUCAUUUUUGAUUGCUCAUAAGGCUUCUCAUACGGAGUCUCGGCCCCAUCGAUGUGACAUUUGUUUAAAAAGGUUUAAGAGCACAUCUCAUUUGAAAAAUCAUGUUAUGAUUCAUUCAGGUGUUAAGCCCUUUGAGUGCACUGUUUGUAACAAGUCAUUUUUAAAAUUAGCUUCGUUGAGACGACAUUAUGCUACUCACGAUCGAGUAAAUUUCUCAUCUGCUGUUUGCCAUCAGUGUGGAAAAUCAUUUUUGAAUCAAGAAUAUUUGAAAAAACAUAGUGUAGUUCAUACUGAUGCGUAGUAUAUUAUAAAUCAAUAUGUAUUGAAAAAACUAUGUUUUGUU